GGGCUUUUGGUGUUGGUGUCGUGUCGUUGUUUGUCUGCUGUUGCAGAGACGGGCGUCAUUUCGACACAUCGUCAUCGGUUGCUCCUUCCCUUUUAAACACCCUUCUUCUACCUCUUGUUCUUCAUACACAACACCCGGUUGUGCGCCUGCCGGACUAAAAGCAACGACACGCCCAGCUGCUCCCCCCCCCGACACACCUCGAGCAGAUCACGACUGGCAUCAAUACCCUCCAUCCAUUUCCCCUCCCGGCAAUGGGAACUGAAUCCUGCACCUAUAAUUAUAUAUUCCAGGUCACACAACUUUCCCUACGAGCGCAAAAGCAUAGUCAUCAUCUCACCCUGGCGCCCAACAUCCCAUACGUCUCUCCGCCACGGCGCCGGAGCAUGAGCAACACCUCGGGUGGCUCCAUGCCCUCCCGGCACGCCGCCAUGGCCGCCCCCGUCGUCGUCCACCUCGACUCGUUCCGCCCCGACCGCCCGCUCGCCGAGUCCAUCGCUCUCGCCACACGCUCCGUCCACGCCCGGCUUAACAAGCUCAUCGUCUCCCGCCUGCCCCUCGCCCUGCCCCCGCGCGCCUCCGACCCGGUCGCCUUCCUCACCGGCCUCCUGCACAUUGCGCCCAUCUACACCACCUUUGAGGAACAAUGGAGCGCCAUCCUCGACGCACCCCCUCCUCCUACUCCGCCGUCAUCGUCGUCUCGGUCCUCCGCGGCGGAUUCGCGAGACAACAGCCUCCCGGACGGAUGCCAUCCCGAGGUGGCGCCACUGCUCUACACGGGUGGUAGCCACCCACUGCCCAGAGAGCACGAUGACGACGACGAAAAGGACGAGGCGUCGCCAAAGCUGCACAAGCCGCGGGCCUGUGGGCGGAUGUACUCGAUGCUGCAGCACCUGCACCUCCCCGGGCUGAUGCGCUCUGAGCGGCUCCGCGCUGACAUCCAGACUAUGACGUCGUGGCCCGAGCACGUCGUCGAGGAACAGCUCCGGCAGGUCAGGAGCAUGGGCUACCUCGCCGAGUUCGUCAGCCACAUCAAGCGCGCCAUCGCCAACAAGCCGCACGUGCUCGUCGCCUAUGCCUAUAUCAUGUUCAUGGCGCUGUUCGCCGGCGGGCGGUUCAUCAGGGCGUCGCUCGAGUCGGCGGGCGAGCCGUUCUGGGCCGUCGAGCCGUCUCCCGCGAGGCCGACGAUGCGGGCCUCGGAAAGGCGCAAAUGGGCAACAACAAAAUCAACAUCAGAGAGCAGAGCUCACGAUCUGAAAGACGAUUCGUACCGUGAGGAGGAGAAGGAGGAGGAUACAUCAGACAAGGCCCGCCCCACGUCGCGGCACAACAACAUGCCCCUGCACUUCUUCCACUUCGACACACCCGUCGACGGCGAGGACUUGAAGCGCGAGUUCAAGCAGCGACUGGUGGACUCGGAGGAGAUGCUCACGCCCCAGGAGAAGCGCGACAUUGUGCAGGAGGCGGUGUGCAUCUUUGAGAAUGUCACGCUCGUGGUGCUACAGCUGGACUCGCUCUUCCCGGACCACGAGGGCAGUAGUAAUGGUGGCGAUGCUUCGUCCCGGCGAGAGAGCUCGCUGCAUUCGCUCGCCAGCCUCCUCAGGGGCCCCUUGGCGAACCGCUUCCGCGACAGCGUCGUCGUCACCAAGGAGCGCAAAGAGCGGAGCUCGUCCAAGAGGUCCUCGGGCCACGAGGAGAGCAACUGCCCCAUCGUUGCGAACCCAAAGCUGUCGGAAAAGUCGAGCGCGGCCUCCAUGGAUGGCACCGCCGCCGUGGUACCCCAGUCGCAACCGUCACCACCAUCGUUGCCGCAGGACGACCACAACUGCGAGCACAACGCCUACAAACAACACCCCAAUGUCAUCAGUGACACUGCGGACGUGGAGCUGUGUCCCGCCUUUGCCAAGUCUAUGAGAUUCGACGGGACGCUCGAGCUGCCCGCGCGUAGCAGCCGCGACGAUACGUCGCUCGCCCCGGCCGCCGAAGACCUCCCAGAGACGCUUAGGAUGGCGUGUAAGCAGCUCUCCGAGUCCCGGAUGGCGCACUGGGUCGUCGUCGUGGCGUUUGGGGUUAUCUUCCUCGGCGCCAUGGUGGCCAGCCAGCGGGCCGUCAAGGUUGAGAUUCGGCCCUGAGGGACGGCGCAUUUUGACACUUCGCCUUCUCCAUGCCCCCUUUCCCCCGUUUUUCUUGCUACGAAACUACGGAGUGAGCGAGGGGUGAUGUGAGCCAUUCGUGAUUAGAGUAUAGCGAAUGGGCCUGGAGUUUGGAAUUUUGGCAGUGAAGCGUUUAGGUUACCUUGCACUUUUCUUUUAGAGAGUAAAGCGCGAGAAAAGGC